AGGCAUUAUCCAAUUAUAGAGCUUGGCCAGGUGCAAUCGCAAUGAUUGCUUCAGUAGUUAUUUUUUUUAUCGAAUAUAUUUCUCUGAAUUAUAUUGAAAGUGCCAAAAGUGAUAGUUUACCUAUUGAUAAUAACAAUGAUCCUAUUUACGGAAAUUCUGAAAGUCUACUACCUGCGGGAGGCCUUGACAGAAAUUCUUUAUUAACAAUCGAUGCACAAAUUAUGGGAAUCAUUAUUUUGGAAAUCGGUAUUUGCCUUCAUUCAAUAAUUAUUGGAUUGGCCUUGUCGGCUUCAACUGGAUCCGACUUUAUUUCACUGUGGAUGUUUGAAGGACUUGGUUUAGGAUCUCGUAUUGCCGAACUCAAUUAUACUGAACACAGUAUUAAACCAUGGUUGAUGUCAUGUGCAUAUGGCUUAACAACCCCAAUAGGUAUUGCCAUGGGUCUAGGCAUUCAUGGAACUUAUAAUCCUGCUUCACAAACGGCACUCCUCGUGCAAGGAGUUCUUGAUUCAGUGUCUGCCGGAAUUCUUUUAUAUACUGCUUUAGUUGAACUUAUGGCUAAUGACUUUAUAUAUAAUCCUGAAUUUCGAAACUCUUCCAAAAUCAAACAGCUUGCUGCCUUCACAUGUUUGGUAGUUGGAAUUGCCCUUAUGGCUUUGAUUGGUAUGUGGAACACUAUCAAUUAUCUGUAA